CCCUUUGCGAUUCAGUCAAUCGGCGUGUUUGCGGGGAUUGGUGGCUGCUGUGAGGAGUUGCCGGGCGGUGGUGCUUUGAAAAACGCCUUUGUGAAGAAGAGACGCCGCUGAGAACCACGCCACCGACCGAAGACACGGCCGCCCCGGUGACGACGCGCGCGAGACUGUUCCGCGCGGAGAUUACGCCACACGCACGAGCCCUCAAACGCAGCCAGGCUAUCUGACUGUAGCAUGCUAGCACUCCCGAAAACAGACGCUAGCCUCCAAGCUAAUUACCCAUCAGUCAUCGUCCUCCGGCUCCUUGGGCAUCGUUAGCUCGGUUCUGCUGGUGCCGGCGCCUUUGUUGUCGUCGCGAAUUCUCCAGAACCGACCCAAAGAGAGCGCUGUUCUCCCCCCUCAGCUGGCAGUGGCAGUAGUAGUCUGCGUCGCCGCGGUUCAGACAUCAUCCCUGCCAUCGGUCCGGACCCGUCACCUCUCUCUGCCCCUUCUUGUCCUCCACCCGGAACACUGGAAGUCCACAAGCGGCCGGAUAGCGGCGAGGGGCCGGCGAAGCUGGGGGCGGGAACGUUACCGGACUCGCAGCCGCAGGGAGCCGUUACGCCAACGGACGACAAGCAGCAGCACAGCCGCGCGGACUCACCGGCGACGGGGAUGGACGGGCUGGCCGUGGAGGUUCGCGGCUCCAACGGGGCCUUCUACAAGGGUUUUAUCAAAGACGUCCAUGAAGACUCCCUCACAAUCGUUUUUGAAAACAACUGGCAGCCAGAGAGACAGUUGCCCUUCAGCGACGUGCGGUUGCCCCCCCCAGCCGACUACCACAAGGAAAUCGGGGAGGGUGAUGAGGUGGAGGUGUACUCCAGGGCCAACGAACAGGAGCCAUGCGGCUGGUGGCUGGCGCGGGUCAGAAUGAUGAAGGGCGAGUUCUACGUAAUCGAAUAUGCGGCGUGCGACGCCACAUACAACGAGAUCGUCACAUCGGAGCGGAUCAGACCGCUGAACCCCAACACCCCUUCCUCUAGAAACACUUUUUACAAAGUCCCCAUCGCCGUCCCAGAAGACCUGAGGGACAUCUGUGCAAACGACAACGUUCACAAAGACUUCAGGAAAGCCAUCGGAGCAAACUGCAUCUUCUACAGCGCGCCAACGCACGAGCUCAUCGUGUUGUCGACCAACGAGACGACGGUGAAGCGGGCCACUCUCCUGAGCGACAUGCAUUUCCGUAGCAUCCGCACCAAGCUCAUCCUAAUGUCGCGAAACGAGGAGGCCACCAAACAUUUGGAGACCAGUAAACAGCUAGCAGCCGCGUACCAAGAGGAGGUCAGAGUCCGAGAGGACCUGAUGGGCCUCGCCAUCGGGUCUCACGGCGCCAACAUCCAGCAAGCGAGGAAAGUUCCUGGUGUCACGGCCAUCGAGCUGGAGGAGGAGAGCUGCACGUUCAGGAUCUACGGAGAGACCCCCGAGGCGGUGAAACAGGCCCGAGAGUAUCUGGAGUUUAAAGAAGACUACUUCCAGGUGCCCAGGAACCUUGUAGGCAAAGUCAUCGGAAAGAACGGCAAAGUCAUCCAGGAAAUCGUUGACAAGUCGGGCGUGGUCCGAGUCCGGAUCGAGGGAGACAACGACAAAAAGCUUCCCCGGGAGGAGGUAGGCAGGCAGGGGGCCGGCAGAGACGACACUGCCGGCGGCGGCAAAGAGGGGAUGGUGCCCUUCGUGUUUGUGGGAACCAAGGAGAACAUCAGCAACGCCCAGGCUCUGCUGGAGUACCACGUCUCCUACCUCCAGGAGGUGGAGCAGCUGCGCCUGGAGCGCCUCCAAAUCGAUGAGCAGCUCCGGCAGAUCGGAGUCGGGUACCGGGCUGCUCCCGGACGAAGUGGUGGCCCAGGACCAGAUCGCGAAAAGGGCUACCUCACGGAUGAGAGCAGCAACUCGCUGCACGCGUCUCGCACCUACGGCGGCCGUGGCCGUGGACGCCGAGCCUCCAACUCCCAGUACUCCGGAUACGGCACCAACUCCGAACUGUCCAACGCCUCUGAGCCGGAGGAUGGCGCCGAGCGAGAGCAGAGGCCCAGAGGGUUGGGCGGCGAAGAGAGAGGCUCCCGGCGGGGCGGCAGGGGCCGAGGCGCCACCUCAGGGCGAGGGCGAGGGGGGCCGGCGGCUAAGCCUUCCAGCACCAUCAGCUCAGUUCUGAGGGACCCGGACAGCAACCCCUACUCUCUGCUGGAGGGGGAGGGAGAGCAGGCCGACGCAGACAUCGGCGACGGCGCCGGAGGAGAGCGCCGCAGACGCUCGCGCCGCCGCCGCAACGACCAGGAGCCAAGCGUGAUGGAUGCUGCCACGGAGUCUGACGGCCAGGCAGCCCCCAGCGAGAACGGGCUGGACGAGGACGCUCGACCUCAGCGCCGCAACCGGAGCCGCCGGCGCCGCAACCGUGGCGGGCGCCCAGAGGGAGGGUCCGGCAGUCGUGACCGGCAGCCAGGGGAGAGCGUGACGGUCGCCGACUACAUAUCCCGGCCCGAGUCGCAGAGCCGGCAGAAUCUUCCCCAGCAGGAGAACCACGCCGAGCCCAAGGAAAACGGCACCAGCGCCAAGAAGGACGAGCAGACGCCCUCCAAGCGCUCCCCCAGCAAAGGCGUGAGCUCCGCCGGCGACAGCCUGACUCUGGUCAACGGCGUCUCAUAGAGCGACGGCGCCGGACCCUCACCAACCCACGUCUAGAGCAAGACUCCAUGGCAAACUCUGUCCCUGCUUGCAUUAACUUAAACCUUUAACAGACGAGUAACGACAAAAUACCUGAGUUCAUACUAUGACAGUGGAAAAAGUACAAAAAAAAGAAGCGACAAACGCGUCUACUAAAAAAAAACAGGAGAAAACGGUGUAUGCUAUUCUAUCUAUCAGUACUUAGUGCUUAUUUAAAACACAACUAGCUUGCCAAAAAGAGCUGGUGGACGUGACUUGAUUUCUAAAAUACUGAGACACAAACGGGACGAGACACUAUUUCUUUCUUCCCUCUCUUUCUCAAAAGGUUGUGUGUAAUUGUGUCCUUUCUUUUGUUGAUUGCGUUCAUUGUUGAUCACUGGUUAGAGUCGUCGGUCGCUCUCAGCCAAAGCGGACGCGUGUUGGUGUGAAGAAACCAACCCUGAGGGGGAUUCGGGUCGUCGGCAAAGCUUAGCGGAAGUUCAAACACUGAACCUCGGAGUGAAGAUGGACCGGUUGCGAUUUUUGACAGAUAUUGUGCCUUGAAUUUGAAAAACGAAAAAAUAAAAAAACCUGAGUUUUUCCUUUAAGGUUGCUUUUGUUUUAUGACAGGAAGGAAGGUGAGAGAGGUACUGAGAAUUAUGAUUUUUAUUUUCUUCCUUCUUUGGCUUGAAGGAAGGAAAAAACCUUUCCGUUAAAAAAACAGAAAAGGAUCCAGGAAGACGGAUUGGCCGGCCAACGUGAGGAAAACCAGGUCUGGUGCCAAAAUGUGAAACAGGGCGCUCGUCCUCAUCCCACGUAGAGUGGACGGCGUGGGGGUCAGCGUAGCGCGAGGGGGGGCGUACACGUGCACCAUCGAGACGUUUCGCCGCCAGAAAACCAACACGGGGAGGGGGCGACGCAGCGACACGACGAGGGCGGUGGCUUCUAGCCCCAAUUUUUGGUCUUUCAAGGGUCCAGGGCGCCACGUGUGAAGCCCCCGACCGGGACAGGCUCAGACCAGGCAGACUUGAAAUCUAGAUUAAGACUUCAAACAACCGAAGCGUGCCUCUCUCUCUGCGUCAGAGGGGGGGGGCGGCGGCUCAAGCUUCCAGCCACACUAGUGUCUUGAUCAACCGCUGCAGCGGGCGGCUCGGGGGGGCCUGGAGGCUGCAGACUGUGGGAGUGGAAGAGCUUCAAAUGAACUGAGAGCCACAUGACACACAGCCACACGAACCAGGCAAACGCAGCAGGGGCGCUAGUCCACGCCGAACAGGACCGGAGGGGGCAAACCCUAGCGGGGUGUCCGUCUCGUACCCGGCCGGCAGGUGGGAGUAAGAGACGAGACUGGAAACCCUCAGUGGCUCUCUGCUCAUGUUGUUACUGUUGUCUUGGUUACCGCUCUCAAUCUAUUUUUGUUGCUAUUUCCACAUCUUUAGUAAAUAUGAAAUAAAACAUUGAAGUGAAAUCCGCCUCUUCUGUGGAGAUGAACCUUGAUUUCUCCGUCUCGUCUGUUUUUCUAACUUGCAUGGCGUUUAGGCGUGGUGCCUGGUCCUGUGCAUGACGUGCUCAUCUGACUCAAAAGCCAUCGUUUCAUUCACUAGAACUGCUGCUAACGUACACGCUGAAUGUCCUAAUGACUAACGUAGAGCCUCUGCCUUCUGGGGGGGACGACUUUAUUCCCGACUGAGUCCACGCGUUCGCCCUGCUCACCUGCGCCCGACAUCCCACGGUUUCUGUCGGCAGUCGGGGUCCCUGAAGGACCCUCUGACCAGUCAUGUCUGGAGUCUGGCAGUAUUAAAACCCCGAACAAGUGUUCACAUGACCAAAGGUUGGAGAGGUGGAUGUGUGGGAGGACGGUCGAUGCUGCUGCAGUUGUACAUUUUUGCUCAUCUGUGUUGUUUUUACCGAACAAAGGAGCACUUGAGGAUUUGUACCUUGGUUCCGUUGCACGUGUGUGAGUGGAGGACGGUGUUGUGCGCUCGUGUUUGCCUUUAUGCCUCGCUGUGUGAGCACUGUAUCCCCUCCUGUGUCUGUGUGUGUGUGUUUGGAUGCUGGUUGUACAGAUGACCCCUCACUAUGUCGGAUUUUGGUCUCUGGUUUUCUCACUCAUGUUCUGAAGGCAAUAAAGAACUUUUCAUUGUUUGGUAUA